AUUUCUUUGUGUCAAACUACACUUCCUGCUUUUGCUGGUAGAAGUGUUUCGCAUCGUUGUGUAUGAAACUGUAYUAUAAUUGMAUUUCAAAAUGAAUACAGUGRUGUCGAGGGCAAAUUCCCUCUUCGCCUUCUCGCUCAGCGUGAUGGCAGCUUUGACGUUUGGCUGUUUUAUCACGACAGCGUUCAAAGACAGGAGGGUACCGGUGGAUAUCCACGUCUCGAGAGUAAUGCUGAAAAACGUGGAUGACUUCACAGGACCCAGGGAAAGAAGUGACCUGGGGUUCAUCACCUUUGACCUCUCUGCUGACAUAAAGCCCAUAUUUGACUGGAACGUCAAGCAGCUCUUCCUCUACUUGUCUGCCGAGUAUGCCACCAAGAGCAACGCCCUGAACCAGGUGGUUCUGUGGGAUAAGAUCGUGCUAAGGGGAGAGAGCACCAAGCUCAACCUCCGAGACAUGAAGUCCAAGUACUUCUUCUUCGAUGACGGAAACGGRCUUCGGGCGAACAAAAACAUCACCCUGACUCUGUCCUGGAACGUGGUGCCCAACGCUGGGAUCCUGCCCCUGGUCAUGGGCUCUGGCCACAUGUCUGUCCCCUUCCCCGAAUCAUACGAGACCACCAAGAGUACAUAA